CACCCGCGGGCGGGAGGGCGCCACGCACGUCUCCGCGGCCAUCCCCGCGGGCGGGGACCGAGCCCGCCGCCGAGCCUCCGAGCAGCCGCGCGCCGAGCCCGGACUCUAUGGCCCGCGGGGAGCGCGCCGCCGCUGCGCCGCCCACCCGCAGCCGGAAUCCGAGCUCCAACCCCAGGCAGAGAGGAGCGGCGCGCGCCGCGGGCCGGGGCCCAGGGGCCGGGCCGCCCCGGGCGCGGGGCAUGAGAGCUCGGUAGCCGGCUGGCGCGAGGACCCCCGCUUAGGGCAGGACCCCCCGAGGGAAGACAGCCAGGCCCGGGGAGAGCCGGAGACCGCGAACCGCCCGCCCCCGGCCGCAGCCCCGCCAGGGCCCUCCCCCGGCGGCGCGCACCCGCGCGCACACACACUUGCACACCUUUCCUCCGCUCCUACCCGUCCUCGCCUGGUGCCCGCCGGAGCACCCCCGGGGGGCCGAUGCCAUGGGUAACAACUUCUCCAGCGUCUCCUCUCUGCAGCGAGGAAACCAGAGCCGCGCGUCGCGGGGCCAGACCCAGAACCUCAAAGACUCCAUCGGGGGCUCCUUCCCGGUCCCCUCUCACCGAUGCCAUCACAAGCAGAAGCACUGUCCGCCUGCGUUGUCAGGCGGGGCGUUCCCGGCCACGCCGCUGCUCUUCCACCCCCACACUAAGGGCUCCCAGAUCCUCAUGGACCUCAGCCACAAGGCCGUCAAGAGGCAGGCCAGCUUCUGCAAUGCCAUCACCUUCAGUAACCGCCCGGUGCUCAUCUACGAGCAAGUCAGGCUGAAGAUCACCAAGAAGCAGUGCUGCUGGAGUGGGGCCCUGCGGCUUGGCUUCACCAGCAAGGACCCUUCCCGCAUUCACCCCGACUCGCUGCCCAAGUACGCCUGCCCUGACCUGGUGUCUCAGAGUGGCUUCUGGGCCAAAGCGCUGCCUGAGGAGUUUGCCAACGAGGGCAACAUCAUUGCCUUCUGGGUGGACAAGAAGGGCCGAGUCUUCCACCGCAUCAAUGACUCGGCUGCCAUGCUUUUCUUCAAUGGGGUCCGGACAGCGGACCCACUCUGGGCCCUGGUGGAUGUCUACGGCCUCACUCGGGGUGUCCAGCUGCUAGACAGCGAGCUGGUGCUGCCCGACUGCCUGAGGCCGCGCUCCUUCACCGCGCUGCGGCGGCCGUCGCUGCGCUGCGAGGCGGACGAGGCGCGCCUGUCUGUGAGCCUGUGCGACCUCAACGUGCCGGGAGCCGACGGCGAUGGCGGCGACGACGACGGCGCGCCGCCCGCCGGCUGCCCCAUCCCGCAGAACUCGCUCAACUCGCAGCACAGCCGCGCGCUGCCGCCGCAGCUCGACGGCGACCUGCGCUUCCACGCGCUGCGCGCCGGCGCGCACGUCCGCAUCCUGGACGAGCAGACGGUGGCGCGCCUGGAGCACGGGCGCGACGAGCGCGCGCUCGUCUUCACCAGCCGGCCGGUGCGCGUGGCCGAGACCAUCUUCAUCAAGGUCACGCGCUCGGGCGGGGCGCGGCCGGGCGCGCUGUCCUUCGGGGUCACCACGUGUGACCCCUGCACGCUGCGGCCGGCCGACCUGCCCUUCAGCCCCGAGGCCCUGGUGGACCGCAAGGAGUUCUGGGCGGUGUGCCGCGUGCCCGGGCCUCUGCACAGCGGGGACAUCCUGGGCCUGGUGGUCAACGCGGACGGAGAGCUGCACCUGAGUCACAACGGCGCCGCGGCCGGCAUGCAGCUGUGCGUGGACGCCUCGCAGCCCCUCUGGAUGCUCUUCAGCCUGCACGGCGCCAUCACGCAGGUCCGCAUCCUCGGCUCCACCAUCAUGGCUGAACGGGGUGGCCCAUCUCUCCCCUGCUCACCUGCCUCCACUCCAACCUCACCCAGUGCCCUGGGCAGCCGCCUCUCUGACCCCCUGCUCAGCACCUGCAGUUCUGGGCCUCUGGGUGGCUCUGCUGGUGGGACAGCCCCCAACUCACCAGUGAGCCUGCCCGAGUCACCAGUCACCCCAGGUACGGGCCAGUGGAGCGAUGAGUGCACCAUUUGCUAUGAACACGCGGUGGACACGGUCAUCUACACGUGUGGCCACAUGUGCCUCUGCUACUCCUGUGGCCUGCGCCUCAAGAAGGCUCUGCACGCCUGCUGCCCCAUCUGCCGUCGCCCCAUCAAGGACAUCAUCAAGACCUACCGAAGCUCCUAGCCCACUGCAGAGCCCCACCCUGCACGCCCACUUUUACAGACUCCAGCUAAGGGCAAAGCCAACAGGGUCCCUUCCUUCUCCAUUUUGCAAAUUCUUCCUCCUUUUCCAUUAAACAUGGGAAACCAAGGUCCCUGAAGGUUUGGGCUGAGAGGGUCUGAGGCAGGGAGGUUGGGGCACAGGUAGUACAUAAUGAAUGGAGGAGAGAGGAGGAGGCUAGCCCACAAUCUCUCUUCUCUUUACCCAGAUUUCUGCAAGCUGAGGGGCUGAGGUAGAGUCUUAGGUUGUAUAGCCCACGUGGCCCCUUGGAGAGAGUUGUUCAGCUAGCUUCCCCUGGGCAGCCGGGGAGGAGACUGCAGGCCAUGGUCUCGUUCUCCUUACCCAGAGCAGGUAAACAGACGGGCUGCAGAUUCCAGGCCCCAGGCCCGGGACCUCGUGUCAACAGCCGUGUGCAGGGCCUCUCCUCGCCAUAACCUGCACCAAUCAUCUCACCGGUGCCGAUGCCCAGGGUGCCCUUCAGUGUAGGCUUACACGGGCCUUCCUGCCAUCAGGGUCUCCAAAGAACAGGUCUCCAGCCACACUCAAGGCCUCAUCUCAGUGUCAGACUUGGCCUGGGCGGAUCCUCCCAUCAUGUGCCCAGGAGGGACAGGGGACCUCAGUGGGGUGGGGGUUUCCUGGCCUAUGGACAGCCCUUAUACUUAUUUUAAUUUAUUUAUUUAUUUGGUUUAUGAGUUUUAUGGGUUAAUUUUAACCUGGGGGCUCCUGAAAUGCUACUCUUGGCUGGGGGGUUGCCAAGUGAGGGGCAGCAGAGAGUAGCCACUUGGUUUCUCUCCCCUCCCCCCACUCCAGGCCCUAACACAAGGCUCGUGGGCAGUCCUGCCAACCCUGAGGUGGAACUCGGGGCUGGAGGUCUCCCAGGAGGUUGAUGAGCCUCUCUUGGUUGGGGAACCACCUAUAUCACUUGUGCUCUUCCUCUCUGGGUGGGCGCUUCCUUAGCUUGGUUGCUUUGAGGGCAUCCAUUCUCUAGGAGUCCACCUCUAUAAAGACAGGGAAAGUUCUGGAAGGUUGGGGAAGUUAUUGACAUAUGGGCCAGAGACCAGAAUGGAGACCCUUAUUAGAAAAGGGAGGAUGGAUCCUGAAGGCCAGGACCCUGGUCCUGAGAAGGGAGUGUUCAUCCCUCUCAGGCUGUGGCCUCUGUAGCCCUACCUGCCUGUCCUGGGUUACUGUGGCCUAGACCCCCUCCCAGCCUUUCCGAUGGCUGGUUUUAUUUCCAUCAGAGGUGGCUUCUGCCUUGACAGACAGGACCUGGGGCUGUGUCCUGGCCAGUGGUCACCCCCACCCAAGCCCCAGCUUUCCCUGUGUAAAGUGGUUUGGGGGUGGAGCACUUUCCAUGUCGUCCCUGGGAGUUCUUAGGGGGCUGUACUGGGGAGGCGUUGAGAAUGUCAGGGUGGGCCUCUGCCUGCUCUGGCUUUGCAGGGUUGGGGCCACCCUCGGUUGUGCCACGUCAGUCACUGGCCCUGGUAGACCCCUUCUGUGGGAGCAGGCUGGAGCUGGUAAGUUGCCCUGUCUAGUGCAGAGCCGCCUGGCUGGAGGCGGGAAAAGAAGCCAUCACCCACUCUGCUAGCGCAGAGGUGGCACAGCCUCCUUUGUGAACUGGGUCACUGUGUCUGUGAAUAAAGGUGAUUUCGUACCAGCCUGA